CAACGCUGCUCGGGCUGUCACUAUCUGCACUUCUGUUCGCGAGAGUGCCAGAUUCAUCAAUCAACUCUACACGUUACGGAUUCAGUAGGUCCAGAGGCAACACUCGUAAAACUCUAAAAAAAUUCACUGAUAACUAGAUAGACGGGCUGUGAUAGUGUGCUGAUUAUAAAUGAUGUAGUUUAAUUGUCUCCCAAAAUUGUGUCGCGGAAUUAUUGAUGCUACUACAAGAGCAACACAAUGCCAAGGAGCAAUACAAAUUGACUCUUUGAAGCUCGACUACGCCCGAUGUUUUGCCGUAUUUCUUCCUGAUCUAAGUUAGCAGGCACAUAUAGGUGCUGAUAGAUUAACGCCAUUUACGACCAUCUUAACAAAACACGAAGGAGAAAGAACGAAGAUAUCAGGAGAACUCAUAACACUACUGAUAAUACAACUAAAAAAAAAACGUGCGUGCAUAUAAUUUUUGAAGGAUUUUUGAAAGCCAUCGUUCUGGACAUUGCGACUUCCUUUUGAGCAUACAAAAGGUUGGAGGGCGUAUUCCACGGUAGAGGAUCUCCUUGGCCAUCGCUUAGCCCGUAAACGGACUGUGUCGUUAUUUGGUUUUUCUCAACUUUCUGCCAAGUAUUUAAUGUUAUUUUCUGUGUGAACUAGUCUUCCUAUUUUAUCUUCUUAUUGUCGAGAUACCGUCGUUUUGCUCCAGAACCCAUUUUGCAGGAAAUAACUACAAAAUGAGCAAUGCCAAAAUUUCUUUUGAGCUGCUGACAAUACAACAGCCUCGUCUUUUUCUGUGCUACAUAUUUUUGUUCUAUUGAAAUGAUGAUCAGGACUGCAACUUGACCGUCGGAACUCACUGUUCAGACUUGAUAUCGGGCCACAACCACACGUUUGACAGAGCGUCGAUUCUAUCACGUCUUCUCAAAGUGUCUUCUCUACUUUGACGUAUGACAGUACACGAACUACAAUCAGGUAGCAGCGCAGCGCAUAAAUGCCUCCGUAGCGUGCCGCAUCAUUUUCAAUGGCCACUUGCAUGUUCGCGAUUCAUCUUAUCUGAGUUGACUACUGUACGUUUGCUUAGGAACUACAAAAAGCUGAACCUAAAAAAGCCAUCUAUCAUUAUGGCGUAUGUUUACCUCAGCUUAAGAAGCAGCGGCCGCUUGGGCUGGAGAACAGACCAAUAAAUUGCGGACAGAGAUAGGCCUUCUCGUUCCAUUGUUUGCUUUGAAUAAUAUGCCAGUUGCCGUAAACUUUUCAUUGGAGUGGACCGAACAUCCCGAGAUCAGCAUAAAACAACGCACCUGUGUACAUAUAACAUUUGAAGUAUAUAGAGAGAGAGAGAGAGAGAAAGAGAAAGUAUUGAUAUAUCUAUAUACAUCGGUGGGUGUAUGCGACUGUGUGUGAACUCUAAGUCAGACUAAACGACUCUAACAGUAUCGCAUCCGUUGUAUUGCAUUGUAUAGCAUCUAUGAGCUACAGCUAUAACUGACUAUAUAAUGACCUCUAUAGCUUCUUCCGCUGCUAGUAGCUCGGCCACAUUGGAUGAUCUAAUUACUGUUAAGUAUUUGUUGCCUAUGUGUUGUUAACCCUUACCGUGUACGCACGCAAUUUAAACACUUCUGUACAGACAAACAGUCUUGGCGUAAGACGAAAAUCUUUAAAGAACUUCACAGUUCCUAUUGUUACACAAACUAUCGGCCUCUGUCUGCACUUAUUUCUGAUUUCACACCUUCACUACAAUUUUGCCACUAAUUCCUGCACUCAUAAUACUAGUCUUCACGUUGUCGUUGUAGUGGCAGUUUUCACGACAGGGGCAAUGUAAGUAGUUGAUUGCAUGACCUCUUGGCAUCGUGUAACGUGACAGGUGUAACAAAUAUUUGUAACCAGCAACGUAACCAACCAGUUUGGAGGAGUCAAGCAUUCGAGAUGCCUUAAGGUCGCGUACAUAUGCCUUUUGCUUGGGACACGCUUCCUAUCUAACGCUGGAAAGACCGUACCCAAUCACCGACAAUCGGCCGUAAGAGGUAGUCAGAAAAGCUUGACUGACGGCUUCAUCAGUAUGUUCUGACUGUGCGACAACUUUAUCGGCCAUUAUCCAGACACAAACGUGGCUAUUUCACAAAGUCAACUAGAUACAUUUGGGUGGUUGCAGGCUACGGAAGGUCGCGGGUGGUCAUUUGUUGGACGUCACCAGUGGCCGUGCACGUUAAAACGUUGGCAGUUUACGCCUUAAUGCUUGACGUGCUACUGCUUCGGUGGUCUAUUUCGCGGCGCAAGUUGCUGCUGCCGCCGCUGGUAGUCGACCAUGGCGAGAAUGUUCUCGCCAUCGGCCGAGUCCUCACUCGACAAUAUUAAAGACCACAAAGAAAAUGACGGAAGCGGAGUCCUCAACGAGGCACAGGGGUCGCUUGCAGCAGCUUCGCGGUGGCGUGGCCUUCUUGUGCCCGCCCUGCAGAAGUUGCACUGUCAGGUUCACCCAACAUUAACAGCGAGCGCGGAAGCGCUUGACUACGUCGAAGCCCUCAUACUGCGGUUACUGGCAACGCUGUGCGCGGGGAAACCACACUCUACGCAAGAAGUCGAAGAUCGAGUGGCGCGUACGUUUCCCAAGCCACUUGAUCACGUCGCAACAAAGGAUGCCCUGCAGGCGUUGGAACGAUGGCGGGCGUCAGCGCUGAGUACGACUGGAAGCACGCUUCGGCGGCCGCGGUUGCCGGGAGCUGGAACACCGGGCGGAUCCGCUGCGACGGGUCAUGGGUUGACCUUGCCAGUUGAGCGGCUACAUACCCACGUCCGCGAGCUCGUUGGCCAUAAGGUCGAGAUGACCGUGAGUCUGUUUGUGUGUGCGGUACUCGAGUAUAUUGCUAGAGACAUCCUAAAGCUAACCGGUAACUACGUGAAAAACAUCCGUCAUAGUGAAGUGACGCUGCAGGAUUGCCGGGUAGCAAUGUGCGCUGAUCCCGUUCUCGACGAAUUGUUCUGCUUCACCGGUGAAGAGUGGGCAGAUGAACGGCCGCCAGAACUCACCGAACUUCCCGAAAAGAACACGUAUGCGAGCCACGUGACCGAACUACUUACCGAGGAAAGAGAACACAUUAAGACGUUGCAGCUUAUCACUAAGGUGUUCCGGCACACGCUUCGCCAGCUGUGUCAACCGAGUAUUUCUGGGGGAGAUCAUCAAGGCGUUAGUAGCGGUCGAGGAGGCUAUGGACAAAGCCAAGCGCAAGGACAAAACAACGCAGAUUUGGUGGAAGACGAACCCGCUGAGCUACGGGCGAUUUUUGGCAAUAUCGAUGAAAUUCUUGAAUUUUCGGCGGCUCUGCUGUCUAGCUUCGAGGAUGUGGUCGAGAUGACGGACGAAGAUCAGGUUCCAGCACUUGGUAGCUGUUUCUACGAUAUGGCCGAGAGCUACGAGUUUGACGUAUUUGAAGACUACGCCGAGCACGUGGCUUCACCACAAUCGGCACUAGCCCUACAGGAGCUCCUUGAGCGGCCUUAUGUUCAUGCAGCCCUGCAACGUUCCAGCCACGGACUCUGGUUGGCCGCGCGCUACGUAAUGCCCCGAUUACUCUGGGCGCCCGUGUUCCACUGCCUAACGUAUUUUGAUGCCAUCCGCGCUAUGACCGUGCUGGCUGUGAACGAGGAAGAUCGCGAAAGUCUGGAACAAACGGACGGACUUAUUGGACAUCUCAAGGCUCAGCUGACAGCGGCCGUGGCCAAUUCACCAUUGAAACGAUCGUCGGCCGCGUCCAUUGAGCAGGGUGGGUUGUUCCUUCGCCGCCGCAGUGCCCUCCGCCAUUCAGCGGCGCAUAAGUUGAACGAACUAUCGCGUUGCGUCGAUGGCUGGUCGGAGCUUCAGCAGCGAGAGAUCGCCCAGACGUGCCAGGAGUUCGUGCUGGAAGGCCCCCUGCACAAAUUAGCAGCCGGCAGCAAUCGUCGGCCAACGGAGCGCUACGCAUUCCUAUUUGACGGUCUGCUGUUGCUUUGCAAGCCGGCCAGUGCACAGUCGCGUAGCCGAGGGCAGCCAGAUCGGGAGAGCUAUAAGCUAAAGGAGAAGUUUUUUAUACGCAAAAUGGAGGUCGCAGAUCGCGCGGACACCGACGAUGUGCGACACGCGCUUGAACUGAUUGGCCGGCCAGACGGUGGAUCUGGGAGCGCAGGAAGCGGCCAAAGUACGAUUGUGCUAGUCUGCAAAUCUGCGGAGGACAAGCUGAAUUGGUUAGCAAGUUUAGUAGCCGUCAACACUCGAUCCUACCUCGAGCGAAGUCUCGAUUCGAUUCUCAGCGCUGAGGAGAAGCAACACCCGUUGCGUUUGCCAGAUAACUACAAGUUCUCCGAACCGGAUCUUCCAGCGAAUAUCGUCUUCGAAGAAAAAUCGACAGGAGGCGUGCCGCUAAUCAAAGGCGCUACCCUGUACAAGCUAGUCGAACGUCUAACUUUUCAUAUGUACGCCGACCCAUCGUUUGUGCGCACAUUUUUAACGACGUUUCGAAGUUUCUGCCAACCACGUGAACUGCUCGAGUUACUUGUCGAACGUUACAACAUCCCAGACCAUCCCGACCAUGCCGAUGAAGCCGAAUCCUGUUCUAUUGAGCCACAGCAGAUGGCCAAGCGCUUCCGCAAGGAGUACCAGCAACCGGUACAGGUGCGCGUUCUCAACGUGAUACGGCAUUGGAUAGAGCAUCACUACUACGAUUUUGAACGUGAUCGCCGUCUGCUAGAGGAGUUGCGUGACUUUCUUGAACGGAUGCGAGCUGACGCGCGGUCUGGCAAAAACAUGCGCAAAUGGAUCGAUUCCAUUUCGAAAGCCGUACAACGCAAACAGGAGCAACAAGGCACAGCGAAGGAACUGACGUUCUCGCACGAACCCCCGCCGCUCGAAUGGUAUUUGGCUCGUCCUGGCGAGACCGACCGUUUUGAUCUACUUACACUGCAUCCGGUGGAGGUCGCCCGCCAACUAACCCUCCUAGAGUUUGAAUUGUAUCGCGCCGUUCAGCCGUCUGAGCUAGUGAACGCGGCCUGGACAAAAAAAGACAAACAGCGCACUUCGCCGAAUCUAUUAAAAAUCAUUCAUCAUUCGUCUGAUUUCUCGUUUUAUCUUGAGAGACUAAUCGUCGAAUGCCAAAACCUUGAAGAACGAGUCGCUGUCGUCUCGCGCUGUAUUGAGAUGAUGGUUGUGCUGCAGGAAUUGAACAAUUUCACGGGCGUGUUCGCCGUGUCGUCGGCGCUCCAGUCAGCGCCUGUUCACCGCUUAGAGCACACGCAGGCAGCGGUCCGUAGCACUUUGCGCAAAGCACUCGACGACGUUCUUGAUCUUCAAUCCGAUCACUGGAGGAAGUACCAGGAACGUCUACGCUCGAUCAAUCCGCCCUGUGUGCCGUUCCUGGGAAUGUACCUGACGAAUAUUUUACAUAUCGAAGAGGGAAAUCCAGACAUGAUCGUUGUCGCAGACGGCGCUGAACUCAUCAACUUCUCGAAACGACGGAAAGUCGCCGAAAUCACUGGUGAGAUCCAGCAGUACCAAAAUCAGCCAUACAAUCUGACCGUCGAGAAGAACAUCCGUGUCUUUCUCGAACAGUUAAGCCCACAGCAGGCUUACCAGUCGGAGAAAGAGCUCAACGACUACCUGUAUCAGUGCUCAUUGCAGAUUGAGCCACGUGGCGCGCGCUAUCCACUCAAAGCGCCCAGACGGUGGCCAGAAUUAUCGCUCAAAUCUCCUGGCAUCAAGGUUGCCACCCAACGGCAGACGACUCGGCCCGCAGUACCAGCCGUACUCCAGUCGUCUGCUAUGACCCUCUCAAGCAGCAGUAGUAAUAGUAUUGUCCCAAGUGCAACAGCAGCAACGGCGGCAUCUGCCACUGCCACUAGCGCUACCUCGUGUGCAACAGGUCUCGGUUCAGUAUCAAAUAAUGCGUCUGCAACUAACCAUAACCACAUGCCUCUAAGCACUUCUACCGGUGGUUGUGCCGGCGUUCAGGCAUUCUCGUCAACCUCGACGUCGUCUGCUACAUCGCCAAAUCCGCCACAGUCACCAGAGGACGUCUCACUACUACCGCCACUAACACCAACAUCACCACCGUCAUCGGCUGGCGAUACAAUACAUGUGCCCGUUCUAGUUCCGAUGCUCGACCCCCCACCGCCGCACCACCCACUCUCGCACCACCACCACCACCAUCCACCCCCUCCACCUCACCCACUCCCUCAUCAUCAUCAACAUCACCAUCAUCUCUCCGGGCUUCCGGGUCACCCCCAGCAGUCGCACCAUUAUCCAGCCUCAACUCAUGGCGGUUGUAACCUUAGUCAACAACAGCAGCAGCAGCAAACGCAGCAGCAGCAACAGUCCUCGAUGCCGCACGGACCAAUCUCCUCUGUUCCACAUGCCCCCCAGAUCAUUCACCAGUUGUCGCUGUCGCUGUCUUUACAGCAACAACAACAAGGAUCACAAUCGGUCGCCCCUCCGCCUGUUCACAAACGACAGCACUCGCAUCCGGCCUCGCUUAGCGGCGUCUUUUUUCCUCCGUCACCAUCGUCGCCAAAUGCCCCCGGUAACAGUAUCGCUGGAGCUGGAAGUGGAGCUGGAACUGUUUCUGGCAGUGUAAGCCACGCUUCGCAGCGAUUCGCAUUUCCGGACGCGGUGGGAACAUCGCUUCCCGCCGGGGCUGUUGGAGUUGUUCCUGGAGGAACUCUGUCGACCGGAGCCACGGCCAGUGGUGCUGGUAUAGUUGCUAUAGUAAAUCCGAUGCCACCGCCGUUGCCUCCACGAGCUCGAAGGGACGACUCGACUUCGCCGGCGCUUCCGCCUCGGGGCGUAGGCCACGAGUCGCCUCCUCCUCUACCGCCGCGAAAACAGCAGGCACCAGGGUCCGGAGUCCCACCUGCUACGCCCCACACGCCAGCGAUGCCCGUAUCAUCUGGGCCACAUUCACAACACAGUAGUCCUGCUGCUAACCCGGGCCAACCGGCCGGAUCACCCCCCGUCCUAGCAGGGCUAGAACCGGCGGUUACAAUACCGACAGCAGCAGUGGGGACAUUCGUCGCUCCCGGGGUAACAGUAAUCGCAGGUGGUGCAUCAGCCUCAACUACAGGGACGGGUGCCAACGCGUUAACAGCCGUUGUUGGCAGCGCUAGUUCUGCUGGGUCCCAACUACGGCCAGAACAGACGACGCCCUUGUUGCCACCCAAAACACACAAAAAGCCCCGACCACCACCUCUUAUCAUCCACCAAAGUAACGCCCACCCCAGAUAACAACGACAAACAUCCUCUUUGCUACGUGCCGCAACGAGAGCACCAGCCAUGUUGUAAUAGUGGACACCUGAACAAAUAUAUAUAUAUAUAUAUAGAGAGAGAGAGAGAGGGAGAGAGAGAGAAAUUGCACUAAAUUGGCUAGUGACUCCACAGAUAGUGGUCGUGAACCGUGAAACACGUGGGAUCGGUGGCAACAACUCAUCGAAAGAUCGAAAACCAAAUAAAUUGUAGAGUGCGAUAGCCAUGUUCUUGCAGCCCAGAAGUAAAUCCUGCAUUAUACCCGGGAGAUAAUUCAGUCAUAUUCUCACUCUAAUUUGUAAAGUUUACGGCAGGCAAUUAUCCCUAACCCAGUUUUUAUAAAAAAAAAUCUAUUUAAAAAGGGUUUUUAAUGGAAAAUUACGAUUUCCCCUGAGAUCAUAUUUUCAAGUAAUGUAUUUUCACGUUUUCGUUUUCCAAUCGACCGUAUACAUGCUGAAGACAUGUAAUCUGUUCUGUGGUUUCCAAAACGAAGGUUUGUAAUGUAGCAACAGUUCACAUUGGCUAGUACCUAAUACGUUUCUUCGAUGAGUCAGCAUCAGCGAGUGGUGUUGCUAGCACGGCUGCAAAUGGUGGGAUUGCUAAGCCGAUUGCGAAGCAUCUAUUGACUACUAGUUUGAUAUUAGUCAUCAUAUUAGUAUAGUCAACAUUGUUACGUGUUAUAUACUAUGACUACUUGAUAUAAGCUGCUUUAUCUAGACCGUAUGUAGUACGAGUCAGAAGCCUCUACAAUGGGUAGAUACUAGUACCAGUAGGAAUAAUAAUAAUACACAGAGUAACAAAUCAAAUAUCCUGAAAAGAUGGCGAUCAUGUCGACGACGUCUCAUGUAUUAUACUACUACAACAAUCGAAGAAUACCCAGCCGCAUUCGCUAGACAACCAUUGAACACAAUAGUGUUAAACAGCUACAUCAGCAACGCAAAACAAAAGCCAUUAUGAAAUAAUAUUGUUUUAAUAAUUAUAUAUAUAUAUAUAUAUAUAUAUAAUGAACAUACUAAGAAUGUUGAUCAUCGAAACAUGAGGUUUAAGCGUGCACCGAAUUUUUUUUUAGAACCGAACAUGGAGUGGUAACCAAAUAAUUAGUGCCACGAUGUGUAUUAUUAUUAUGUUUAUUACUAUUAUUGCAAUUUUAUUCAUGUUACUGCUACAAAAUCAUGACCAUGCUUAAUAAAUACGACGAAUAGUUAACAAGUACCAUUACUAGCACUGCUAUUAAUAAUUGCUACGUACUACUUCUAAACGUACCCUAUUCCCGACCUUUUAACCUCUACCACUGUCGAUUUUAAUUGUAGUAUUAAUAAAUAGGCUGUUUAUUGACUGUGUGCUAUUUCCAAGAGAAUGAAAACGACAUGGAAACUCAAUACGCGAAACCUAUAUUUGACUGUUCCCUCAACCAAUGGCGAUAAUACAAAUUGAAACUGGGUGUAUGUAAUUCUGUUUGGGCGUAUUUAUAGAAGCGUAUAGGCAAACACUAGCAGACCAUGUAAUCAUUUCAUAAUAAUAGUACUAAUAGUUUACUAUAAUUAUAUGAACACAGAAACAAAAAACUACCGCACGCAUUAGAGAGGUAUACAGUCGUUCUUCGUUCUCUCAAUAGUUCAUCGUUUUCUACCGCCCCCUGCAAGUCCGGAAAUUCAUGCCACUCUUCUUAAAUGCGACAGCUCUGAGACCGCCUAUCAGAACGUUGUCCCUUUAGAUGUAAACGGUCAGCAUUUGGGAUUCUACCGAGUCGCAGCAGAAAUAGAAAACAAAAAGAAAGAAAACAAAGUUUUAUAUGUAUAUAACCCAAAGAAAAGGUUCUUGUAACAUACGUAUGUAGCAUCUGAUGUCCUUUCGUGGGACGAGUCCUUAUGAAGACUACACAUUUCCAUCCAAUAUGAUUAAAAUUAAUACAAAUAAUUACUGUUGUUAACGUCUUGCUAAUGGAAAAUACAACUAUGACAACUACAAUGAAUUAUUGCCUCAUGAAAUAGCUGCCUGAAGCGACUACCGUACGGACGAACGGACUAACCACAAACAGGAAAAGCCGCCAUUAAUCCUGUGCUCGUUAUAAUUAUGAUCAUUUGUAUAUUUUAAUAGUAAAAGAGGUAGGCAGUCGUUUAUAUGAACUCUAGCUAUACUCUUAACGAAUGAUGUGUGACUAUUGACACAUUGAAGAACAUGAUAACCUUGCAUAAGCAUGAAGUAGGAAGUGACAUAAAAAAAAUUAUUUCUUUUUUAAACGCAUCUAUUAAAAAAUUGAAAAAUCACCACAAAAAUCGCAUGGCGAUGAGAAUGACGAUAAAGAACGAGACACCCAAUGAAGGGCUCCUACAGUCUUGCUAAUUAUUUUGGACAAGUUGUAAGUUAAAAUAUUAACUUAGUUUGUCCAAAUAUAUAUAUAUAUAUAUAUAUAUAGUGAAAUAAUUAAAUCAGGGCGGUACUCGUUGCCAAGGGCUACGACGUACGGAAUAUAUUGUUACACUUUGUAUAUGCUGAAACAAGUAUUGACAGAGGAAGUCUCGAAUAAAACAAUUUUCUUCCAUUAGCAAAACCCAGUCGGCGCCAAACAUUAUCGAAAAAACAAACGUGUUCUGAACAAAAAGCAUGAAGUCAAUGACAAAUCUAGAAAGCCACACACACGAUUCCAUCAGCCGGUCACGGAGUUCUCGCGCAUAGUACCAGGUACAUGUUCGAUGAUACGCGUGGUCUAGAAGCAUAAUAAUGUUGAUAAACGGAAUCUUUCUGACACGUCAUAUAAUGUCACCCGUGCAAACAGAUGCAACGUGUUGACUUUGAACAAUCUUCACGAGAGGGCGAUACCCCUCGGAGCGGUGGUAGAUAUGCGAUUGCAUGGCCCACUACCCAUAUAGCCAGUGCGAUCACAAGCAAGGCAGCGAUUGCCAAUCAGAAGGGAACAUGAUAAUGAAAGUAGAAGUAUUAUUAAAAAUGAGCAGAAAAUAGUCCAAAUGAACGACUCGGUUCACGCCGCAAUGUUAACUAGUAUCGUAAUGUAUUGUGCGUUCCCAGACUAUGUACCUUUUAAAAGACGAACUGUGGACCCCUGAAACAUGACUAUCUCGCUAGUUAGAUGACCUGACAAAAUGUAAAACAUCGAAAAUACUUUUACUUUUUACCCGGUCACUGUAAACAAAGUCAUAAAAUUGGCCAAUUUUCCAACUUUUGAAUUAUUACUUGCUAUGCUCUAUUGCUAAGAAGCGAUAGAUGUACUUGAAUACGGCACACUAUACACGCACUAAUAUUCCACUGUCAGCAAAUUUUCAUCAUGUGAGCCCAUUUGUAUCAACGUAAGCCCUGAUGACAAAGAUGAUUUCCUCAUCAAUCCCUUCAGACGAUUUCUUACAUUUGAAUCUGUAUUGUUGGUUCAAUGGUAGCUGAUAAAUGUGACUCUUAUACAAUAAUAUAAUGUGAGUUAUAAUGUGAGUUAAGAAACGAACUAUUCAAGUCUUCUGCUUGAAACACAAAAAACAAGGAUCGAAGACGACCAUCGAUGUUAGUAGACAACUUCAGAACAACCAUGAUUAGUAUAAUACAUAUUAUAUACAAGCAAAUGAAAAAUCAAAAGUCACAGUAGUAGAAAUCUGUCUCGAUAUCUAUAUGAUCCAAGACAGGAUACAGAUAACAAGGAAUGCAGACACAGACGAUUUCAUAGCAGAUAACCGAAUAAUGUAGGUGGUAAGCUCAUAAGACUACGACUGGGACUCGAAGAUGCUUAAAGGUUUCAAGGAAAUCACAGAUCUGGGGUAGCGGAAAACUAAGCGGAUACUUUUCUAAUACACUGUAACGCUUUAUUUGUGAAGUGACUAGAGUAGACAAGGUCUCCUAAGAUUAAGACUAUUAUCAGUAUUGAUCGAUGUACGGAUAAUCUUCCAAGUAUACUAUUGGCCCUAUGUAUGCUAAUACGGAGUGAACUCCACAAAUAUAUAUAUAUAUUCAGUACUGGGUGUGGUACAGUAGAUUGUAACGAAUGUUAUGAAAUGCCGGCGCGUGUGAGGAAAACAGAGCUUAUUAAUGAUUGAUGCUUCGGGAAAUCCCUGAUCUGUACUCUGAUGCUGGCAAGUGCUGGGUGGCCUAAUGGAUAUUGGCCAGUGAUUAGUAAGUGCACAUUUGAAGCAAGCGACAGCUCCAGGUAAGAAAAAAUAAAUCGGUCUCAGCUGUGACUGAAAUGACUUCAUCAGUCUACAGGGUUUGCCGAAGGUAGCAGAGGUUGUUGGCGGUAGAAAGGUGAAAGAUCUUUAACCAUAGGAUGGAAAUGUAGAAAUCCUUAUGUUUUGUUCUUAUAAUACAAAAAAUAGGUAAAAUAAUAGUUGACUAAAGGAACGUGAUAAGAAGCCCAGAGACAGACAAUCGUAGAGUCUCGCCACUAAAUAAACAUAGCAGAGUGCCGGUGGGUUAAGCAGACUGUAAUGCUGAAGGACACUGGUCCAAAUAUAGAUAGAAUUACGCUGUGCAUCUGUAAGUCAGUGAUAGACAUUCAGCGACGACGGCAAUAGCCAUGGCCGAUCAACUAUGGAUUGACCAAUUGAUUUUCUAAUGCAGGUUGAGUAUUAUUUGUAGAAAUUAUUAAGCAAAUGAGCCGGGAAAAAGGAACAUAGUGACAAUUUCGUGUAUUCAUUAGUAGCAGUUUCAUGAUGAUUUGAGCCAGGUUAAAACUGAGGGCAAAGCUGUCCUACCUCGUGGCAAAUGUAGAAAUACUGAGAUGGCUUUAUUUGAAAGAUUUAGGUCACGCUUAUGUAACACUCGUUUUUUUGGAUGACAAUACUCAACUAGUUGAUCAUUCACGGUUAUGAGAGUCAUUGUGUUAGCUUGUCUCGCACGACAUCAUAUUUCAUCUCAUUAUUUUAAAAUCCAUUAAUGUAUUGUCGCAUGCUAAAAGUAAUAAUCAUAUAUAUGUGAAAAAUAACAAGAUAAUGUCGCUGAUGAUUCUACCAUUUUUUUCGAAAGGAUACACACACAUGUGAUGAACGCGUGAUUGUUGACGCGAGAACAAAUCGUGUCGAAUUUCAAGAUCACGUUAAAUAUUAUAUGACUUAUUAAUCGACCAUCAUGAUCAUUAAUGGUUAAUUAAUUAUUAGACCGAUUGCACAGGGCAAAAAAAGGAUGGUAGUUUUCCUUGCCCCAACCCCACUGAUACGAUGAGUCAAUAACAAUAAUAAUAAAUCAUUAACAACAACCAAUAACAACAAUAACGAGGAUGAUGAUGAUAUCAUUAAAAUGAUACAAUACAAGAUUGCACAAAUUAUUAAGAACGAUAUGAUGAGAAUUAUGAUUGUGAUGAUAAUACGAAAAUCUAAUGAGAUACUAUUCAUGAAUAAUUUAGUUGCUAUAAGGAUAAUUAUAUUGUUACAUACAAUGUAUAGGGACAACAAUUACUAUAAUUAUUAUUACACAAUGGUGGUACCCUAUAGGCGUGUAUAUCUGUGCUCCGCGAAUACGUGCCGAUUCAAUAAUAUCAAUGAAUGAAAAUCGCUCACCAAUUAACAUUUAAAAAGACAGCUCACCUAUAACAAUGAUAGCGUUAUUAUGAGAAUAAAGAGGGUGACUGUAGUAGGAAUAACCAUACACACUGUGUAUACUCCUGAUGGGGGGGGGGGGGGAAAAAACUCCAAUGGUAAUAACACAACAAUAAGAAUUAUAAAUAA